AUGCCUUCCAAGGGCGUGAGAUGCUUCACCUACAUCGCAGCUGACGGAGUGGAAAUUGAGUACACGGUACCAAAGCAGAACGUCAAGCGAAGUGAUCAACAACAAUUCCUCCACGACCACCUCGAAGUAGAGUCGUCCAAUCUCCCUCGUUUCAAGUUCACGGGGAAUUUCGAAUUCAUUGUUCGUCAGCACGGUCAAGAACUCACAAAACAAUGGGUAGCAAUUAACAGCAUGACGGGCAAGCUAGAAGAUGGCACAAUGGUAAACAUGGAUCAAACACCCAGCAUCUUCGCCAACGACCUCAUCAUCACGUAUGGGUUCUACGACGCAGGACCAGGUCUUGCUGAACUACCGAAACAACAUCAAUGCUACGUUACCGUCACAAAGAACUACGAGAACUGGAUGCGCGAUGUAAUUCCCCAAGCAUCAGACAAGUCGAAUCGCCCAUUCCACAAGAUGGUCCUCCCCUCAGCCCACGACAUCGGCAUGAACAACAUGUCCAGCAGUCUCUCCAUGCUCAAGAACGCAGGCACAGGAAUCAUCAAAGAAGUCCUCGGUCGUAGUCUCCCUCACGCGCUCUCCAUCCUUAACAAAGUCGGCGACGGCGCCAUAAACCGCAUCGCACCAGACAUUAUCCGCGCACUAGCCAUCACACAAAAAGACACCCUCGACACGAUCCUGAAAAUUGGCGCCCGGUACUUUGAAUUUCGACCCGCCAAAUGCCACAGACAGAUGCAGAAAGUCAGCCCGCUGGAGGAUACGUGGUACUUCCAACACGGCGCGAUACCAGGGAUGCCGUACCGCACGUUACUCGACCACAUCAUCCGCUUUCUACUCGACCACCGAGACGAAAUCAUCGUUGUGCACAACCGGUGGGACGGCGUUCCAGGCGACUGUCCGCGACCCAACGACGACGAACUAAGAGACGUGCUCAACGACCUCCUUCGGGACAAAGAUCUCAAGCCGGGCAACCAAGACGACAUGAUGCACCGAUCCAUCCGCGACCUCCGCACCUCAAACACGCGCCUCAUCCUCCUCAAGGACACGGCGCAAAUCUCAAACUACGACGACGUCGCAAACGCUACGCUGACCGGCGACUCCAUGGUUGAGAAACUGUCGGUCAUGGCCCAGGAUCCACCAAAGGGACAUCCGAUUACACUGCUGCAAUGCCAGGCUACAGCGACGAAUAUUCGCGAUGUUAUCAUUGCUAGUGUGCUGGAUUCAGAUGUUAGUACGAGUCCAAUCUUGGCGACGAAACCGGUGUGUGAUCACAAGAUCUUGCCUCUCGAGCAAUCAACCAAUCAAGGCCGCAAACAAUUCGAGCCAAGUAAAUACAUACCCCAUCAUCACUUCGAGCUACAACAACACAUCGUCAUCAUCAUGGUCGAGCGCGCAAACAAGCCUUCAGCGUUGAACGCGCCAACUGCGUCAGGACCCGGUCCUCAAGUCGACAUUGUCGGAGAGGGUGGUAGCCAGAAGGUCGUCGCAAGACUGCCGUCUGGUGAGAGCGUCGAAGUGCUCCUCUUUGGAGCUACCGUUACUAGCUGGAAGAGCAACGGCGGAAAGACUGAGAACCUUUGGCUGAGCGAUGCGGCUGAUCUGACUGGCAAGAAGCCUGUGCGAGGUGGCAUCCCCGUUGUAUUCCCCGUCUUCGGCCCUCCUCCCAAGGAUGGACACGCCACCUCGUCGCUUCCUCAACACGGUUUCGCUCGUGGAUCGCGCUGGGAGUACAUGGGCAAGUCGACUGCUGAGGAUGCUCUCGACUCCAACUCGAUCAAGCUCGACUUUGGCCUCGACCGCCAAUCGCUCAGCGAGGAGUCGCGCAAGGCAUGGCCAUUGGACUUUGGGCUCGUAUACAGCGUCACACUGAGCAAGGACAGCCUACAGGCAGUUCUCACAGUCCGCAACGAGGGCGAGGAGAGUUUCGAGUUCCAGUUCCUGCUCCACACGUACUUCAGGAUUCAGGACGUUUCCAAGAUUGCCAUCACCGGCCUGUCGGGCACCGAGUACAUCGACAAGGUCCUCAAUGCUUCUACGCAUACCCAGAGCGACAACCAGCUCAAGAUCACAGGCGAGACGGACCGUGUCUACAAGGACAUCAAGCAGGAUACCACAUCGAUUACCGAAGACGGCAAGCCUCGCUUUGACGUUAUCCGCGACAACGUCAAGGACACGGUGACGUGGAACCCGUGGAUCGAAAAGGCCAAAGCCAUGGGCGACUUCUCCCCGGACGACGGCUACAAGAACAUGGUCUGUGUCGAGAUUGGUGCUGUGGAUGGCUGGCAGAGGCUGGAGAAGGGCGAGGUCUGGGAGGGAGGCAUGUUGGUCAAGAGCCACUUGUAG